UGUUCUGGAAGGGGCGGAGUUCAUUUUUCGAGCUCGUGAGGGGCGCGUUCUGUCCGAAAGAGCGCGUGAGAAUUUGCGAUCGUUCCCUCGCGGUAAGUUUGUGCGGAGCAGCGCGGACUCGCUCGGUUCUCGUCCUAAUACAGUCUCCAGAAACCAAGCUACAGGAGGACGAUCUUCUACCUCCACAGCGCUUGAUUCUCACUGGAAACUCCUCUCGUCGCGAUCAGUGAAAUCAUGUCUGCCUCAGCGGCUAAAGUCAGUAAAAAGGAACUGAACUCGAACCACGACGGAGGGGACGAGACCUCAGAAAAAGAGCAACAAGAAGCCAUCGAGCACAUCGAUGAAGUACAGAAUGAAAUUGACAGACUGAACGAGCAGGCAAGUGAAGAGAUUCUCAAAGUCGAACAGAAAUACAACAAACUUCGCCAGCCGUUCUUCCAGAAGAGGUCCGAGCUCAUAGCCAAAAUCCCCAACUUUUGGGUCACCACAUUUGUCAACCACCCACAAGUCUCUGCUCUUCUUGGGGAGGAGGAUGAGGAGGCGCUUCACUAUCUGAUCAGAGUCGAGGUCACAGAGUUUGAAGACAUCAAAUCUGGCUACAGAAUAGAUUUUUAUUUCGAUGAAAACAUGUAUUUUGAGAACAAAGUCCUCUCUAAAGAAAUUCACCUGAACGAGAGUGGAGACCCAACCUCAAAGUCGACAGAGAUCAAAUGGAAACCAGGAAAAGACCUCACGAGUCGGUCCGGUCAGACACAGGGUAAAGCGGGUAAGAAACGGCAACAUGAAGAACCCGAGAGCUUCUUCACCUGGUUCUCUGAUCAUGCCGAUUCAGGCGCGGACGAGUUGGGCGAAGUCAUUAAAGACGACAUCUGGCCGAAUCCUCUGCAGUACUACUUGGUUCCAGACAUGGAGGAUGAGGAAGGUGAGGAUGAGGAUGAAGAUGAGGAAGGUCUGGAUGAUAUUGAUGAAGAGGGAGAAGAUGACGGAGAGGAAGAGGAGGAGGAGGAUGAUGGAGAGGUAUGCAGCCAGUUCAUUUGAAGUUUGCAUGUCGUGUCGAAAGUCUCUAAAUGUGUAACUGUAUUCGCUCUGUAUUAAAUUUCACUUCUUAAGAGAACAUUUUCAAUUGCAGGAUGAUGACGGCGACGAUGACUGAAGCUGAAAUAGAGGAAUAUUAUCCACGUUUCCCCAGUCCGGUUUCCAAAUUGCUUCUUUGGCUUUUUUGUUGUUUUUUUUUUGGGAGGGAGGGGGGAGCAAGAUGCUUCGUUUUCCUGUUUUUGGUUUUGAGCUCACUCUUUCCUCUAUCCUGAACUUGCUGUGUUGAAGUCCCCUGAAAAGACUCACAAUAAACUGACGGCAAGAUCUUGCCGACAUGGCAUCCACCAUCUCAAUUUCCAAACGCAUUUCGAGGUAAAAAGCAAAACACUGUAGUUAUCGGCCACACAUCGUCUGGAGUAGACUUGCGACUAGUGUUCUGUUUUUUUUUGUUUUUUUUUUUCAAAUAUUAAAUAUAUAUGUACAAAUGAUUAAUUUCUUCCUGUUGAUGUUUUGUGUGGUUAAUUGAACGGAAGCCACGGAGCGCUGUGAUUGGCUAGCUCUAGCAUUCUCCACCGUUUUGUUUCUUUAUUCUUGGUGUGUGUAUAAACCCUUCAUGGAAGUGAAUCCCUGUUUCAGGAGGUCUGAGGAACAAGAGGGUUUGUGAACACCAUCAUUGAGUCUUUGAUUUUUAUCUUGUCUUGUUUUACAGACAUUCACCAGAUUUGAAAUGGAUUUUUGAUAAAGAAAAUAAAAUAUUCCAAAAAAUCAAA